GACUCCGGACUCGACCCGGCAAAAUGGCUCUGCGGAGCGCAGGCAGGGCGCUGCAGGGGCUGUUGCGGUCUGCACCACUCAUGGCCCAGGGACCAGCCUCCUUCUACGGUACUUCCAUAGCAUCUGCCAAAAUUCAAGUGAAUGGAGUCCAUCUGCAUUAUCAGCAAACAGGAGAAGGAAACCACGCAGUUCUUCUACUUCCUGGAAUGCUAGGGAGUGGUCAAACUGAUUUUGGACCACAGCUUAAGUCUAUGAACAAGCAGCUUUUCACAAUUGUUGCUUGGGAUCCUCGGGGAUAUGGACAAUCCAUCCCUCCAUCUCGAGACUUUCCUCCAGAUUUCCUUGAGAGGGAUGCAAAAGAUGCUGUAGAUCUUAUGCAGGUACUGAAAUUUAAGAAGUUCUCUUUGCUGGGAUGGAGUGAUGGUGGCAUUACAGCACUCAUUGCAGCUGCAAAGUAUCCAGCUCUUAUCCACAAGCUCGUUGUUUGGGGAGCAAAUGCCAGUGUUACACAAGAGGAUGUGAGAAUUUAUAAUGGUAUCCGAGAUGUUUCAAAAUGGAGUGAAAAGGUUAAGAAACCACUGGAAGAGAUGUAUGGACAUAAGUACUUUGCAAAAACCUGUGAGGCUUGGGUAGAUGGAAUAUCCCACUUUGCUGAAAAAUCAGAUGGUAAUAUCUGCCAGCAGUUGCUGCCUCUUAUUAAAUGUCCCACACUUAUAAUUCAUGGUGAGAAGGACCCUUUGCUUCCACGCUCUCAUGCAGAAUACAUUCAUGAGAACAUCAAAGGCUCUCGGUUGCUUCUGAUGCCAGAAGGAAAGCAUAAUCUACACCUGCGUUUUGCAGAGGAAUUCAACAGACAAGUAGAAGACUUCCUAGUAUGAGUUCAACUGUAAAAUAAGUUCAGUUGUUUUUCCUUCUACUGUUCAGCCAUUCUACUUUCACUUUACACUUACUUGUUCUUUCCUACAGGACUCAAACCUAACUUGAGUCAAAAUGGAAAAACAUGAGGUUUGCAUAAGCUUACACUCAGAAUAGUGUUUAUGGAGCAUAUUCUUCAUACGCAUAAAAUCAGAAUUUAAGAACACAAGAACAGAAAGUAAGCCUCAGUGGAUCACAGCACUGCUGUGCUGCAGGGAUUUCUGACAUGCCUUUAAGCUUAUUUUAUGUCACACUAGCCAAAUAGCUAUUACUGAUCCAGCUGAGGUGAUUUAAAAAAAAAGAGAGACAUAAAACACUGUCUAGAAUACAUGCCUUUAUGUGAUCUUAAUAUUAAAGGACAAAGACAUUGUAAUAACUUGUA